AUGGCCUCCAUCACCCGCUCCAACCGGCGAGCUGAGGGCCUUCACCUCUAUGACCGUAACGUGAACGCCAGCCCCCUCACGCGCUCGGGGCCUGGGCCAAACUCCUUCCACCACGGCGCUGCGGCGGGCGGUCGCACAAAGCGAGCCCUCGACGUGGCCGAGCGCGAGUUCGAGGCCAUCCGGCACAAGAAGACGAGAAUCGCCGUCGAGAUUCUCGCAAAGCCCCAGCUGCCUCUCGAAACUGUGAAUGUACAACCGCCGAUACCGCGACGAGCCACUGUGGCGAGCAGCGCAAGUAGGCAGCCCGUCCCCCCUGUGCAGCCCACCAAGCCAGCGGCGCCCAUAUCCGCAGAACCGGAGCCGCACAACGCCAGCCUGACGAAGCACCAGGCCAAAGUAAUAAAUGGCAUAAAGCACGAGCUGGAUCGCCUACAGCCCAGCCACGACGAUACCAAGGAGCAGGGCCGCAAGCUGCGGUCGCAGGAGGCGACCAGGUUCAAGAGCGACCUCUCUGCCUACUUCCCGGACUACGACGAAGUGAUAGGCAACGACCCCAAAGCAGAACCUGAUGCAGAUUUGCUUAACCCCGAGACGCCCAUCAUCAUUAUCGAUACCGGUCUGUCGCGCGCGAUUCCUGAUGCUCAACGCACAGCGCUCCGACCCCACCACCAGAACCCAAGUGGCGUCGAUUUCCCCGUCAGAGGAUACGGCGAUGCCCUAUUCAUUGACGUAUUCGACUCCCAACGCAUCGAUUUUGGCUUCCUAGAAGCUCAACACAAGAACAAGAAUAUUGAAGACCCCUUACCUGAUGGCCUGUUUGAGCCAAUCCAUAAAAAGGCAGAGAGGGUUGAACGGUCGAUCCGCAAUACCGAGAAAGGUCGCGCACAGCAUGAGAAAGACCAGAUCAUUCGGCUCCUUGAGGGCCUCCAGGGCCACGACUGGCUAAGAGUCAUGGGUGUUAGUGGUGUUACCGAAACGAAAAAGAAGAAGUUUGAACCGGCCAGGAUGCACUUCAUCAAGGGCUGUCAGGCUAUACUGGCCAAGUUUCGUAACUGGAACCUGGAGGAGAAGCGGCGGAAGCUCGAGAAAGAGAGGGCUCUCGCAGAGAGGGCGGAACAAGAAGAGGAAUCCGACAAUAGCGAUGAAGAAUCUCAACAAAGGGAAGAUGGCCAUUCCAGGGAGAGUGACGAAGAAGAUGAAGAAGAUGAAGAAGAAGAGGAUGAAGGCGAAGACGAGGCUGAAGAGGAUGAGCCUUCGCAAGAUGAUGCUAGCGAGACGUCCUCGCCAGCCAAGCAGCUGCGACGAGAGGCCAGGGCGAGAUCAAAAUUGGCGGCCAAAAACUCCAACAAGUCACGGCCAGCCAGCAAACCCACACCUCCAACAAAGCCUCCAGAGCCCCCCAAGGAGUUCAAGUCCUUCUUCACCAAGAAGUAUGAGCGUGAAAGCGCGCUUAACCGGCAGAGACGAGCCGGAAGGAAAGUCCUCGCCUGGGGCCAUCCAAUCCCUGACAUAAUCGAAGCCGACUUCGCCUUGCCAGAGGAGUAUCGGAACGAGGAAACACUAAAGGCUCGUGAGAGGAAGAAGCGCAGGGAUAGGCGAGAGCGGCGGACUUCGAAAUAA